AUGAGUUUGAACAAGUUGAGGGUUGACGACCAGGGUCCCGGCAGCGUCGGCAAGGACAGCCCCUGUUACUUCUGCAAUGAAAUGUUCGAGAUGGGGAAGCUGCAGAAUCAUUUGAAGCAAUGUGGCAGCAUCUUGGAGCAAUGCCCGCUACGCUGCGGAGCCUGGAUACAAAGGAAACAUAAGGACACACACGUCAAGGAGUGUCCACAAAUGGACAAGGCCCGGAACUCUGCGUCUCCUACUCAUGCUAGAAUAUCCGAUCCUUCACCACCAAAAGCGCCUGUCAGCAACCACACUUGGGCGCCAAGGUCUGUACCUCUAGAGGAAUGCGUCACUUACCUCGAAAAAGAAGUUUCCGGUAUCAAACUUGUUCUGACCGAGGGGGCCGGCCAUCGCGACCUCCAUGCUGCGGAAAUGGAGAACCUCCGGGCGAGGUUGGUCCUGGUCGAGGAGCGGAGCCAGCACUUCCUGUCCACUCUAGUGUCGCUGCGGGCUGCGGUAGACGACGAGGCCGAGAGGGCGGCAAACUGGGCGGCGCAGUUCAAACACGACCUAGCCAACGUCCAGUUGGCUUUGCAGGAGCUUCAAAGCCAACAGCUGUCCACCGUCAUGCGGCUCGAGAGUACCGUCAGCAGCCUCGUUCACGAGCAGAACGAGAGGGAACUGAUGGAGCAGGCGUUGACGCUACACGACAACAGAAUCCGUGCCGUCGGCAAGCUGGAAGAAGUAGUAGACUAUAUAAAGAGGGUAGUUGAGGAAGAGAGGGAGAGGAACGCGGAGAACAGGGCAGCUUUGGAAGCAGAGCUCAUAGAAGCGCGACGCUCAUCGGAGCAGCUCGCCAACUUGGCCGCUUUGAGGGUGCAGCUCGAGAGCACGGCAUCUCCUGAGAGGCCGGCCCUAGAUAGAGUAGCGGUGUUAGAAGUUGCGACUGCUGACGCGCGAGCCGAGGCGGCGGAACACUCGGCCAGGAUGGACACCAUCUCGCGGGACCUUCGCGCCUUGACCAAGUCCUACCACAAGAUAAGAAGCGAGAUCGUGGACUUCCAAGCGAGGAUUAGCUUCAGCAACCCGGAGCUAGGCAGCGACGAUGGCCGCUUCAUAUGGAGGAUAGACAAUUUCUUGUCCAGAAUGAAGGAAGCUAAAGAGAAGGACACUGUACUCACCAGUCCCCAUUUCCGCUCCAGCAAAUAUGGAUACACCCUUAAGGCGGAGGUGAAGCUCAACGGAAUUGGAAAGUGGAGGGGCAAGCACAUUACAAGCACGGUGCGAUUAGUAGCGGGACCUUACGACCCCUUGUUGGAGUGGCCGUGCGACCUCAGCAUCAAUAUAGUCCUCAAGGACCAGCCCGCCAAAAGGAGCCAGGCGAUGGACAUAGUGAAAACACUGCAGCUCCGUCGCAAGUCCUCGUCGAGGCAGCACGAUUACGAAGAGGACAACGAGGAGAAGACCAGGUCCACAGAGAACCUGGAUAUGAACGUGGUGCAGAUGAAGAGGCAGUACAUCUUCAUACCGCACACGAGCCUCGACAAGUUCGAGUAUAUUAAGAACGACGUCAUGUUCAUGGAAUUUAUCGUCAAUCAG